AUGGUGUUCGGGGGUUUCCCGGUGAGCUACGUGCUGCUCUGCGGCCAAGCGGCGUUGCUGCUGGGAAACUUGUUGCUGCUGCACUGUGUGUCACGGAGCCUGUCGUACAACACCACGGCUGAACCCGAAGCCAGGGCCCCCGGAUCCGCGGGCAUGACCCACCUCGAGGGCCUCGAGUCGCAGACGCUGGUGUACACCGACCCCCGCUCCCCUGUCAUCCUGUGCGCCUUUCUGCCUGAUGAAUUUAUAAAGUGUGAUGACCCUGUGGAUCAUGUUGGAAAUUCAACCGCCUCCCAGGAACUGGGUUAUGGGUGUGUCAAGUUUGGUGGCCAAGCCUACAAGGAUGUGGAACAUACUUCAGUGCAGUGCUACGCCCUGAAUGGAAUUGAAUGUGCUGGCUCUAGGAGCUUCUUACGAGAGAAUAAACCAUGUAUAAAGUAUACUGGACACUACUUCAUAACCACUUUGCUCUACUCUUUCUUCCUGGGAUGUUUUGGAGUUGAUCGCUUCUGUCUGGGACAUACGGGUACAGCAGUAGGGAAAUUGCUGACCCUUGGAGGACUUGGAAUCUGGUGGUUUGUGGACCUUAUUUUGCUUAUUACUGGAAGGCUGAUGCCUAGUGAUGGCAGCAAUUGGUGUACUGUUUACUGAAGAGACCUAGACUUAUUGAGAGUUGGUGUGGCCUUGGAAAGCGAAUGACCUUUUCUCUUGGCCCUGUCUCUACAAAUAGCAAUUUCUUCCACCGUCUCAGACUUAAGUUGUUAUUUUACAUUUUUUGGAAGAGAAUCUGCUGGGGCAGUGUUGUUGGACUAUAUAUAAACAAUGCUCUGAAAAAUCAACUUUUUGUCAACAGAAAAGAAGGUAUAAGUAUGCUUGUUCCGACAUAUGCAGCAAGAGGAUUUCUAUACCUUUUUGCAUGCCUUCCCUCAACAGUACUAUACCUUCAGUCUUUUGGAACAUAUAUUGAAACAUCAUGAAAGAAUGAGCAUUUUUAGGAUGUGCCUGGCCCGUCAUGCUCCCUGCCCUAGAAGUACCUGAGAUGAAACCAACCAUUGAAAAUCUGGCUUCAGCAAAAGGUGGAAACCAAAGUAUCUCUUAAUGAAUACUGAAACUCUGACUUAAUUCUUAUGUUCCAUAAAACAUUUGGCCAAACAGAGAAACUAUACAAGUAUAUUGUCAUUUGAACAAGGAAAAUGAAGCCUCUAGUUGUGUUAUAAGAAACAAGCUUUCAAAAUGCUAAACUGCUGUUCAGAGCCCUCAGAGUGUCACCUACUGUGUACAGAUGAUUUCAUUAAAUUUUUGUUUUUAAAGAGAUGUCUGAGUGAUGUAUCUGAGAUCAGACAUUUCUCUUGGCAGAGAUUUUCUCCUCUAAAAUUCUGUCCCUAAUAAUGAAUAGAAGAAUCACUGCUCAUAUACGGGUUUUCACAUAAAUAACUGAAGUGAAAAUUUAUGAGUAGGAAAGUUACAGGUUGAGAGUCUUCAUUUACUAGAAGUGAAAAACAGGUUGCUGUCCUAAGAAUUUUCAUUCAUCCAACAAACAUUUAUUAAGCACCUAAACUGUUCGGGCAAUAUGCUCGGCCUACAAACAAAACAAUUCUUACCCUCAAGGGGCUUACAUUGUAUUUUGAAUAUUGAGGAGAAAGAGGAAACCCAAUUCAGAAUUGUGGAAUUUUAAAACCAGAAAGAACCUUGGAGGUCAUAGAAUGACACAGUAGAAAAAGUGGUGAAUUGGAUAUAAAGAAAAGGAAGCCAAUUUGAACCUCCUUUGACAAGCCAACUUAAAUUUUCAGCGUGAGCAUUUACACUUUUGAGAUUAGCAAAAACUACAAAUCAGGGCUUGAUUGAUUGUUUUGUUGAUUAUCUAGAAUUAAGAAAACCAUGAAGAAAGUGUUAAUAAUGCAAAUAAACUUAAGUGUGUCAUGCAUA